AUGGCGAACAAAACGUCUCGUUUCAUUCAAUGGUAUUACGGCAAUCCGGUCAACGCACACAGUCUCAGCGAUGUCCGAUAUUUCGGUAUCGAUGCUUACUCGACCCCUCAAAAUACCUGUGAAGAUAGCAUUACUUUUCAGAGCAUUAAGCGUAAGCGCGCUUCACGAGAACUCACUAUUGCAAAAUGUUUGAGAGAUGCAUGCCGCACCAAGGCGCCCUCGGCCUUGCGCUCACAGAGAACAUCCUCCCAGGAUUCUUUACCGAAAUGGCUCCCUACUUGGGUAAUCCUGCUUUGCAAAACAUUUGAUAAGGACUCUUUUCCACUUGGAGACCAGGACGAUGAUAAUGAGUCGCCGCGUCGUAAACGCGUGAAGAUCGAUUAUACCGUUAAUACAUCUCAUUGGAGGUUUGUCGUCAACUGGGAAGGUAUCCAUGGAUAUAAAGCUUUCUACAAUCCGGCAACGUUAAUGAAGACUUUGAAGGGCAUCCUUAACGUCAAAAGUAACAGCGUCAAGAGAUAUUGUAAAGACUCCAAAGACAAAUAUAGUCUUAUCAGGGACACUGAUGACUUGAAUAAUGAUCAAAUGGAUAUAUUGUCUCAUGGAAAUUCCGCCAAUAAAAGAUUACAUGAACUAAUUGCGAGUGGUGACAUUGGCCAACGCACCAGUACAAACAUUAUGUUCUCCGAUCAUAAAGACACAUCCUCUAAUAAGAUACAUGCCGGACACGUCGAUCAGACUGAUAAUAAAACCUUCCCGUGGUCCCUCUCACCGCGUCAUGCACACCUGCUGUUCGAAGAUAUUUCGACGUUCAACCAAAACAUGGCUCCCAAUGAAAACAACAUGCGGGGUUCCGAGGAUAUUCCCUUGGAUGUUUUGGAUCAGGACCUAUCCGACCCUCCUAGCCAACCUAAGAGUUCUCCAGAACUGAGCUCUGUCAAUUCUCCAGAACUGAGCGCUGUCACGUCUCCAGAACUGAGCACUGUCAGUUCUCCAGAACUGAGCUCUAUCAGUUCUGGAGAACUGAGCUCUUUCAGUUCAGAAGCCGUCUAUAGUGAUAGCGAAGAUGGUUUUAAUACGUAUAAUCCUAGGGGCAUCCGGGAUUGGACACGUGAAAUGAGUAUCCCGCGUGAAGAUAGUGAUGAGGAAGACGACGCGAAUGGGAGCCUUCCUGGGCGCCUUGAGCCUUCCAUCGACUCAGAAGAGGAGGAGCAUGAAUUUAUGAGCGUCCGAGAAGGGAAAAGACCUGCGCGUACCACCAAUCCCAUCGUGCCUAAUAGACAAGGAGAUUCUGGUAGUAAGGCAGUUGGUAGCCGUGAGUCGUCUCCUAGGAAUUCCGAUGAGGGGUCCGGAUCCGCAGAUAGUAUCUACAGAUUCGCAACUAGUCACAUGGAUUACCGUAACUCGGAACGUCUGGACUACGUCUACAUCUACUGCCGAGAUCCUCCGAGCUUUCUCGAUUUCGUCCACUUGCUCUAUGUAAAACAUAGGGUAGACGGGUUUAAAAGGAUCUACAGAGUCAAAGUGAUUUUAAAGGGGGAUUUUAUCAACUUUCGCGUCGGGAGGAUUAGUUGUCAAUAUGAAUGGGAAAAGGUCCUGAAGAUUAUGGACGAGGAAAAUCUGCAGGCCGAGGUGCUAUACCGUACAAGGGAGGAAGAGAGUGAGAUUAUGACAGAUGCCGUGCCCGAAGCCGUCGUUCCCGAAGGCGCCAUAUCCGAAGCCGUCAUACCCGAAGUCACCAUGCCCGAAGUCCCCAUGCCCAAAGUCGAGCAGGCCGACAGAAGUCAAUUCUUACUUACAAUGGAAAAGUUUCUUGAGGACACUGUCAAGGAGAUUGGCACGACCAAGGAGACUAUUAGGAUCAAAGAAACCGCAGAUUCCAUCGAUCAAGGUCUCAAAAUGGUCAAAAAGCUCUUCCAAAAUACUAUCAAAGUGAUCGUCAGACAGGUGGGUGAGCAGGGCUUUAGCCAAGCUAUCGACCAAAAUCAUGACCAGGAUAUUCAGCAAGGUUCUAGGCGGAAUCUCAAGAGGAAUGCGGACCAGAUUGACGAGGAAGAUGUCAAGGAAGACGUCAAGGAAGAUUUCGAGCAAGACGAGGAGGAAAAAUCAAACAUUGACCGCAUGGAGGUUGAUGAUAUUUGA